AGAAAGACGAAAAUAUUCGCUUGGGGUUGACGUUUGCGUAUGGGUCAUUUUUGGCACCAAUCGAAAAAGUGUUUGCAUCCCCUCCGUGUCCGUAAACCAUUGUAGCUGGCUGCGAAAACGGUUGUAUCUGCAUUGGCAUUCGCCACCGGGAAGCCCAUCACCGUGUCCGCAGUAAUCGAGCAGCUGAAUUCCACCGUCCGAACGCUAUCCGAGAGUGUGCGCCGAUUCGCUGUCGGUGGCCGUCGCACAGUUGGAAUGUCGGAGGAGCGCCCUGCUAAUGCUGCGUCGGCUUCCCCACCGCAUCAUGCGCCCAUGUUGCAUUGCAUCGGUGGAGGUGCCGAGUCGGACGGUGACCCAACAACGACCCUGGUAACUGCUGCAGCCGCAGCCACUGCGGCUGCUGUUGCUGCCGCGUCGUCCACCGUACCGGCCGCCGCUUCCGCCAUAGCAGGUGCAUCCGUUGCCCUGACGGAGCCUGCGUCGGAUCCAACCAUUACACCGCUGGGCCCAUCGCCUCCGGGCUCCAUUGUGAACGGUAUAGCCGGGCCCGAACCAGCCGGAUUGCCCGAAUUUCUACAGUGCGAUGAUAACGAAGACGAUGGCGAAGAGUCAAUCAGCAUCGAGCGAAUACGCCAGUAUCUGUCCGACAAGCUUGGUUUCUAUACGGCCGAUAGGUUCGACAACAAGGACGGAUCUGGUGGCGCCGCAAGUCGGAGAGUGCUGGAAACAGUCGAUAUCGACGGUGUACUGAAACAUUGGAAAAACGGAGGCUUUAAAAAGAUCGUCACCAUGGUCGGUGCUGGUAUAUCAACCUCCGCCGGCAUACCAGAUUUUCGCUCUCCGGAUACGGGACUGUACAACAACUUGAUGAAGUACAAUCUGCCCUACCCGCAGGCCAUAUUUGAGCUGGAAUAUCUUUACCAAAAUCCCAAACCGUUCUUUACCUUAGCCAAGGAACUGUAUCCCGGUACGUUCAAACCUACACCGUCGCACUACUUCGUGCGGCUGCUGGAACAGAAAGGUUUGCUGGUGCGCCACUACACGCAAAACAUCGACACGUUGGAACGCAUCGCCGGCAUUAACGAGGAGAAGAUCGUCGAAGCACACGGAACGUUCUACACGAAUCACUGUCUCCAGUGCAAGACGGCCUACAGUUUGGAGUUCGUGAAGGAGAUAAUAUUCACCGACGAAGUACCAACCUGCCCGUGCGGUGGUGUGAUCAAACCGGACAUUGUGUUCUUCGGUGAAGGUUUGCCGGAGCGGUUUCACAUGCUGCCACACCAGGACUUUGCCGAUUGUGACCUGCUCAUCAUUAUGGGGACCUCGCUUACCGUGCAACCAUUUGCUUCCCUGGUGGAGUACGCCAACGACGAUUGUGUCCGGUUGUUAAUCAACCGGGACAAGGUCGGGUGCAGUAAUUUCGGUUUCCUGCGUUCCAUGAUGUUCGGUGAGGGGUUGUGCUUCGAUCUGCCCGGCAACCGGCGUGACGUUGCCUGGACGGGCAACUGUGACGAUGGGUGUUUCUUCUUAGCCGACCAACUUGGCUGGGGAGAUGAAUUGCGAAAGUUAAUCGAAACGGAACAUGCAAAGAUUAAACCGAUUCGACCCCUGGCCACGAACCCGGUAGCACCUGCCGUUGAUGGUACGGAUGCGGUCGUAGACAUGGAACCGACUCCGAUCACGGACGGUCACCAUCAGCAAUCACACACGAUCCUGAACGAUGAUCAUUGCCUGGUGGACGAUAGUGAAUGUCUGCUACCGGAGGAUGAACACUUUAACGAUGUUGCCGAUGGUCUUUCAGCGCAGGGCGGCGGUGCGGUGUGCGCUGGUGGUGAAGAAAGUGUCCAAGCCAUGGCUACCGAUCCGCAUCACGAUCCACACGAUGAACCGUCUGUGCAUGAUCACCUCCAUAAUCAUCAUCAUCAUCAUCACCAUCACCAUCAUUCUCAUGGUUCGCAGCAGCAGCAACAGCACGAAAAGAUGGACGAACAUCAUGACGACGAGGUGGUGGUGGAGCAGCAGCAUCCCAAGACGACCUUGUCGUUGGAAGACAAAACUUAAGACUCCAAAAAGCAACAAAACUGGUAAGAACAAUGUAAUCGAUUGCAUAAAACUAUUUUUAAAACAAAUCAACAGUUACGAUGCGAAUGGAACGCUUCCACAAUUUUACCACAGGUGCGGAGCAGAGUGUACACGGUAGAAACGAAUCCCUCUUUGACUAAUUCCAAUUCCGAUAUAUACUAGUUAAGUUAAUUAUCUUCACCUUGACCUUGGCUGCAUCCCUCAGAGCUAUUUUAUUUAAAAAAAAAGGAAACAAAACCACACAUACACACACGCACACGACAUCUCUUUUAAUUUCGCACAUUUAUGCAAAAUCCUUUUUUUUUUCUUUCUACACCACUUCUGUAACUUUACCGUGACGUUUGGGACAGAACUGUAUUGGAAAUAGUAAACUUAGAAAGUGAUGCGGAUGAGAGCGCGAUUUAGGACGCGGAUAUUUAAUGAGUUUUAGACAACAAAUUGCGUUCUUCGUGUUACAAAUAAGGGCUUACGUUAAAAUGUUCUCUUCUACAAUCCAAAAGACAGGACGAUCUCUGGGAAGUUUCACAUAAUAUUGUCCAUGAUUAAGAUUUGAAACAGUAAACUCUCCGUGGUAAUGACAUAUUGUAGCCAUAACUGGGUCGCUUUACCUUCUCUAUCGAAUGGACAAUUAGCAAACAUCGAAACAAAAAAGGGCAUACAUUUCUAUUCAUCAUAUUCCAUGAUCCAGGAUCGGAGCUUCGUUUGUUGAACGUUGACUCACAAUCUGCUGUGCGAUUAUCGUUUCCUUCUUCUCCUUCCCAGAGGAAGUAGUUCACAAAAAAAAUCACAACUCAAACGACACACACACAUACGCAAAUAGUAAGAAAUUAACAGAAGAGAGAUAACAAAAAACAAACUUCCCCAAACAUACGAAAAACUACAAACACAGAUCGAUUAGUUGAAUAGUAUAAGAAUUAUAUAUUUUUAUCUUUCGCAUCCUAGAAGAAUGAGCAAACACAAUAGCAAGAUAUUUGGGUCUGCCGAUAGCUUGCAAAAAUCAUGGGGUCAAAUACGGCGCGGGGUUGGUGAAGCGCGCAAGGGAGUGCUGUGUGGCAGGGUGCAGUUUCCAUUCUACAAUGGUUAUGGUGUGAAAACUCGCACCAUGCUCGACCAUUUGCAGUAGCGUCGAUAAGACAAACAGAAAGGAGAGGUAAACUGCACUAAAUUGCAUAUUUUGCUGCUACAAAAACAGUGCAAAAUAAUAAAGGCGGCCACGACGAGACCAGAAAGAACGAAUGGAAACAAACUAAAGCUGUGUGUAGGAAGGACAGGAGACAACAAACAUAACACAAGACGCGAAACACAGUACCGAUAUGAUUAUUUAACAAAACACAAAACAGAAUGAUGGAGCAUAACAAAAACAAAAUAUUAUUUCUAAAUGCAGCAAAACGCGCGCAGUCUAAUUUAUGACGCAAAUAUUUGUAAUAAAUCCGGGGCUAAUAUAAAUUCUACGAUAAAACUUA